AACGAGGAAAUUUACAUGACGGGAGCCAAAUUCAAACUAUUUUGCGUACAAGCUACUGGAAAAUUAAAUGCAUUGGAUACGGCUUAUAAUUUGGAUAUAAAGCAAAUGAAAAUGUGAUUGAUUAAACUACUUUUCCCUAUUUGUGCUAGUGGAAAGGGUGCACCCACUAGGACACUACCUUAGUGAGAGCAUAUCAUAAACAAAACUCUAGUAUUUUUUAAAAUAAAAUAUUAAUAUUUUAUAUAAUGUAAUCAUGUAAUUAUUUUAAAUUAUGAACAUACCAAAGUACCAAACCAGUAAGAUGACAAGUGUGCACAAAGUUCCUGAAGAAUUUUGUAAAAAUUUCUUCUUCAUGAAUUGGUUUUUCAUGUUUUUUUCUUAUAUUUUAUAAUAGUUAAAAAAAGAUAUGAGAUACCAUGAAUGCUUAACAACAUUAUAGAGAAUAAUUAUAGUGAUGGGCUGACAGAAAUAUAUAUUUAUUUAAAAACAAUAAAAAAUACUAAAUGUCCAAUCGAAUAGACCGACAUCAUAUGACUUAUAUUAUUUGAAUAAUUGAAGUAAGAUAUUUUUGUUAUGUUAAUAAUAUGUGUGGAUGCAGUUGCAGCCAAAAAUGACAAAGAUAUUUGGUUUAUAUGCUGAAGAGAAAAUUUAGUGAUGCUUUUAUUAACCAAAGGCACUUUAUCACUUUACUACGGCUUCAAGCGAUCGCGUAGAGAGUAAUACGCUUUCUCACUUUCGCCAGUAUUCAAUUAUACAACAAAAAGAUUAUACAUUUGGACCAACGUUGAGUUGGCCUAGUGGUAAAGGGAUUGCGGCUGUAACUUCCGCCACUUGGGUUCAACUCACGGUGGGAGGGACUAUUUACAAUGCUUGGGUUCCCGGCAAAGAGGUGAAAACACUUUUUUUUACACCAAAAGAUUAUACAUUUGGUUUCGUUUAUACGGGUUAUAUCGCACGUGUAGAUUCAGUAGGAACAUGUUGGACACAAACUGAAGUGUGUUUAUCUGCAAAAAAAAUUGACCUCAUUACGUUUAAAUCUUUAUUUACCAAAACGACUCUCUACAUCUUCUCUUGGUUGUUCUCAACCUCACCCACCGCCACAUAUUGCUUCCCGUAACCAUUAUUCCAUUGAGGCUAAGCCCUUCACUUUCCUGCACAAUCUCAAAUUGUACCAUAUGAUUCAGCUCUUAAUUCAUCGCAUAUAUUCAAGAUUAGGCUGCUUAAGUUUAGUACCAUUGAACAACACUCAUGGAUCUUUAUUUAUACUCCUCCUGUUCAGUAACAGCAAAGCCUCUCUAUGAAUUAGCAACUUCACUUCCUUGCCAACAAAGCAACCAUCAGCCACGUCAGCUCUAAUAUUCGGUAUCUAUCAGUGAGAUUAACAUCUUGUCAUCUGGCCAUCUCAGGAAACUACAGAAACAAAAGGUCUUCAAUCGAACAAUCACUUAAAUUGAGCCAGUUAUUAGGAGAAAGGUGUUCAAAUGGAUUGUCUGGAGCAGGUUCAUCAAGAGAAUGCUUUCUGUUUGUAUACUAAAAGGAAAACACUUAUCCGUGCUAGAUAAUGCAGGGAAGAACAUAAACUACUGGUAGUGGACCGACUAAAGUACAGUGCAUGGCGAUGGGAGGACAAAACUGAUAGGAUUGUCAAAGAUACGUAUAGAGGAAACCAACCACCAGGUUUUCUAACGAUACUAGCCGCAUUAUUAUUCUCUUAAACCAUGUAUCCAUGUUGGAGCCUCGAAAACUAUAAGUACAUGUAAUCAAGAUCGCACUUCUGCUCGGUUUCCUUUCCUUCUCUUCACCAUCAGAACUGCUCUUAUUUAAAAGGUUUAUCCCUCUCGCUCUUUCCUUUUCUUCUAACGCUUCUUUUCGUCUCUUUGAUGAUUUUCUCCUUGACAGACAGUAACAAGUUUGCUGCAUUUCUAUGCCUCAAUUUUUUCUCAUCUCUUAGCUUUCUCCGUUCUUCCACUAGUCUUCCAACUUCUUCUCUUUGUUUUCUCUCUUCCUCUCCUCUGCAAGCUCCUUCUCUAGCCUAGCUUGUCUUUUCUACGUUCUUUUUCUACCCUGUCUCAUGAUAUUUUGUAAAUAGAGUAGAUUUUGCUACUGAAUCACUCAACUAAAUGACAUGAUAUUUAUUUUGUUUUGGUAUAUAGCAUUUUAUUAUUUGGAGUUGCUUGAACUCAUUAUUAAUCAAGCAAUCUGUAGCUAGAGAGUUGCAUGAUUAACCACAUAGUCUGUUUUUCUAUAUGCUGAUGGAGUCUUGCAUGAUUAAUCAAGUAGGGUUUUUUUUCUAGGAAAUGUACAACAACUGAAACAAUAUUUCACAAACACAAUACCCAGAAGAGAACAUAUCAAUAUGUUCAAGUACAAUUAUAAACAUUAAUUAGAAUGACUGAAACAACCAGAAGAAGAUGAAAAAUAGUGAAAGCAAAAGAAAGGACCCGAGGCCAAAGCUGUCUGAGUCAGUGGAAGUCGCAGAGGUAGGUGAUGGUAUAAUGAGAAGGGAAGGGAUCCAUGGAGAGAUCCAAGAAGAAGAGAAGACAUGGAGAAGCAGAAGGAGAAGUAAGAGAAGGAUUCCUACAAUGAAUGUUCCGGUUUGUAAGAUUGGUAAUAUGUAAUCCUCUAAUAGCAAGAUAAGGUAUGAGCCGCAGAGGAGCCAUCCAAAGACUACGACGAGCACAAGUGGAACUACUGGCGACGGCCCUUUGCUCUCCAUGUUCUUUCUAUCGACCUUUAGCCCUUGGCUUAAGAAUCUCUACUAGUAUUUCUUUACUUUUAUAUUCGUACGUGAGAAAUUUUUUAAUAUAGAUGAUUUGUUUGGAUGCAUGAGGUUAGAUAACCUAAUUACCGCAAAUUUCUUUUUAAUAUUCCAUUAUGUUUUAUUCUUAUGUAUGAUCAACUCUUAUUACAUUCUAUAUAUUAUUAAGUAAUCCUCUUCUUUUAUGAGUAUUCCUAUCUAGUGUGUUUUUAUUUGGGGACAAACCAAUCUUGUUUAACUUCACUAUAGAUUGCAAAUUUGCAAUUCAAUAUUCACAGUUUACAACAACUUUUAAAUGCUUUUUUCUACAUUGUUUGUAAAAGUUGAUUAAAUGAUAACAAAAUAACUUAAAACUCAUUCAUAUGUUUUGCCAAAUUGCUAAUCACAUUAUCUAAUAACCAUUUCCUUAUUGCUACUUUUACAUUUGCCUUUCUAGAAUUGUUCAACUGCCGCUACGUUUGAUACGAGAAGAUAAACAACCAUCUUUGUCUACGACUAGGAGUUGGACAUUUCUUAUAAUUCUUCUGAUUAUUUGAUUAUGAAAUUUUUUUUUAAGUUAAUCGAAUUUUAUUUCGGACUCGAAAAAAAAAAACAAGAAUCAAAUUUGUUUAUCAUACUCAAAAGAGAAGACGUUCACAUUUUGGUAAACUCUAUUUAUCAAAUAUACACGGUUCACACAAGGACCCAGAUUUUUGAUACUUUCUACCAUUGCUAAGAAGAAUAAAUGCAUUUCGAAGGCAUCAACAAAGUAGACUAUUGACGUUGAGGCUUGAAGUUAACCAAAAAAA